AUGUCCAAUCUUCAUCUUAUUGUUCUUCUUCUGGCCCCUGCAUUGAUGUGUAGCAUCGUGGAUUCGAUGCAGUUCGAGCUGCGAGCCGCUCACCCCAAGUGCAUUUCCGAGGAUAUGAAGAGCAACGUCAUCAGCUCCGGCAAUUACCACGUCGUUAAUCUCAACAAUGUCGGCACCGUUGAUGAUAGUCACAAGAUCUCUGUCAGGGUAUGCUCAUCAUGA